AGCCAAGAUGAGGAGGUGGCAGAGAUUCAGGCCAGAGUUGUGGGCCGCCGUCGGCAGCAAGAACAGAGAGAGAGGUGGACAGAUCUGAGAGAUACUGAGAAAAGUUGCCAGACGGCCAGCAUUGCCACUGCCAACGCGUCCGCCCAGGCCUGGAGUCAUGUGGACGCCCAGGUGCAGACGGAGGCCCCUGUGCCCGUCAGCAUGCAGCCCCUGUCCCGGUACGACAUGUCUCGGCUCACAGCCUUUCUUCGGAGAGUGGAGACCAUGGUCAUCCGAGAGCUGAACAAGAACUGGCAGAGCCACGCGUUUGAUGGCUUCGAGGUGAACUGGACCGAGCAGCAGCAGAUGGUGUCUUGUCUGUAUACCCUGGGCUACCCUCCAGCCCAGGCGCAAGGUCUGCAUGUGACCGGCAUCUCCUGGAACUCCACUGGCUCCGUGGUGGCCUGUGCCUACGGCAGGCUGGACCAUGGGGACUGGAGCACGCUUAAGUCCUUCGUGUGUGCCUGGAACCUGGACCGGCGAGGCCUGAGUCCCCGGCAGCCGUCGGCCGUGGUGGAGGUCCCCAGUGCUGUCCUGUGUCUGGCCUUCCACCCCACGCAGCCCUCCCAUGUCGCAGGAGGGCUGUACAGUGGCGAGGUGCUGGUGUGGGACCUGAGCCGUCCUGAGGACCCGCUGCUGUGGUGCACAGGCCUGACGGAUGACACCCACACAGACCCUGUGUCCCAGGUGGUGUGGUUGCCCGAGCCCGGGCACAGCCACCGCUUCCAGGUGCUGAGUGUGGCCACCGACGGGAAGGUGCUGCUCUGGCGUGGCGUCGGGGCGGGCCAGCUGCAGCUCACGGAGGGCUUCGCCCUGGUCAUGCAGCAACUGCCACGGAGCACCAAGCUAAAGAAGCAUUCCCGGGGGGAGACCGAGGUGGGCGCCACGGCAGUGGCCUUCUCCAGCUUUGACCCUAGGCUGUUCAUUCUGGGCACGGAAGGUGGCUUCCCGCUCAAGUGUUCCCUGGCAGCUGGAGAGGCAGCCCUCACGCGGAUGCCCAGCUCUGUGCCCCUGCGGGCCCCGGCACAGUUUACCUUCUCCCCCCAUGGUGGUCCUGUCUACUCUGUGAGCUGUUCCCCCUUCCACAGGAAUCUCUUCCUGAGCGCUGGGACCGACGGGCAUGUCCACCUGUACUCCAUGCUGCAGGCCCCUCCCCUGACCUCGCUGCAGCUCUCCCUCAAGUAUCUGUUUGCUGUGCGCUGGUCCCCAGUGCGGCCCUUGGUUUUUGCAGCUGCCUCUGGGGAAGGUGACGUGCUGCUGUUUGAUCUCCAGAAAAGCUCCCAGAAACCCACAGUUUUGAUCAAGCAAACCCAGGAUGAAAGCCCUGUCUACUGUCUGGAGUUCAACAGCCAGCAGACUCAGCUCUUGGCUGCGGGCGAUGCCCAGGGCACAGUAAAGGUGUGGCAGCUGAGCACAGAGUUCGUGGAACAAGGGCCCCGGGAAGCUGAGGACCUGGACCGCCUGGCAGCGGAAGUGGCCACCUGAGGGGUCCCGGAGGCGGGUGCAAGCCUUCGCUGUGCCGAGCCUUGUGUUUCUGACAACAAGCUGAAUGAAGAAAAGCAAAGUUUUGGGGGAA